AUUGAAAAAUGAGUAUUAACUGCUAUUAAGUAAUAACAAUAAUAAAUAAUAAUAAUUCCGAUUUCCGGAUUACGUUCGCGAAAUAGGUAUUAGGUACCUGCAAUAACGUUUUUCUCAUUUUCUCCUAUUUAAUAGCGUUUAUUAUACCACACCGUCGGUGACCCCCACCUCGAGGAACCUUUUUUACGCACACGAGUCGGUUUAUUAUCGGCGGAGACGGUGGUUUCCGGUUCACCUUGUGAUUAUUGUUGGAAUAAUAAUAAUAAUAUUGCGGUUUCGUAUACAUACGUAUUAUAUUAAACAUAUUUUUUCCCCGUAGCUUUCCAUUCGACCACCGUAGCCGUCCGUGUCCUUUCCCUCUGCGGCUCUACACUGAACACUACACAGUUCUCGUAGAUUGUAGAAUAAUAGCCAUUGCCCAUUGGCCGUGUUGAGUCACUCCACUCAUCCGUCGGUCGUUGCAGUCGCGAACAACGCUGAACGCUCAGCAGUAGUACCUAAGCAGACGUCUCGCCGUAACCUCCGUCGCUCGUUUCGUUCACGUCCGCUUUCGCAUUUCGUCAUCGCCACACAGUUUCUCUAUCCGAUUCCUCAUUGUAUUAUGCAAGUGUAUCGCAGCCACCGUCGCAAGUUUUUCGAAUAAACACAAUAUUUUACCAUUUUGAUCGUUGGUCGCCGCUGAACAAACAUGAACAGAUUCGUUUUGCCGCUGUUAUUUGUCUGUCUGGUUAUUGGCAAUAACGUUAACUGGGGCGUUAGUGGAAUCGAAGGGGAUACAGAUUUGAAUGAUUUACAAGACACUGUGAAAAAGAAGUUUGGCCCGUUUGCGUCUGGUUUGCCCAAUAUCGAUCAGCUCAAUGAAUCUAUACCGGCCUUAGACGAAGGUGAAAGAGUGUUGAAAGAUAAAUGUUCAAAAAAUAGCCAAGCCAACAACUCUUAUGAAUUGACUGUGGAGGCGAAGAAAGAUUUUGAAGUUUGUGUAAAAUCUCUAGUUGAUGUUACAGAACUAAAAAAAGAGAUAAAUGAAGCUAAACCUAAAGGCGAUCUUGAUAUGGUAUUUAAAAAAUACUGCAGAAAGUCACCAGAUUUUAAGGAUUGUGUUUUAAACUUCACAUCCACCAUAGAUGUGUGUUUGGACGAAGGUGAAAAAGAUAGCAAGAAAAUUCUUCAGAGUGUCACAGAAGCUUUAUUAUCAUUUGUAUGCCAUGAUGAGGGUGAUCGUAUAGCAUUAUUUUAUUCAGAGGGUGGUCCAGAUUGUUUAAUGGAUAAAAAGGAAGCUAUACAACACUGUCUAAAUACAUCAUUCAGUAAGUACAUGCCUAAUGGUGAACCAAGCUUGGCUAGCUUACCAGCAUUCAAAUUUGAAGAAGAUCAAUGCAAGAGUAUGUCUGAGCUACAAGUGUGUGUAAUUGCUGAGUUAUCAAAAUGUGGAGAACCAACACCCGCUAAUAUUAUCGAGUCAUUGUUUGAGUUUGUACGUCGAUCAACACCAUGCUCAAAAUUUCAGAGUGCUCAAGUACGGAAAACAUCUGCAGGUGUUUCGUUACACGCAAUGAUCUCUAUUACAGCAUUAUCUAGUUUAACAAUCCUGUUAGGUCGAAUUGGAUUUUACUAGUAUACUGGCAGUACUUACAGAAUAAUUAAACAGUUUAAAUAAGGCUUAUAAUCAAAAUCCUUAAUUUAUAAUAAGACCUAUGUUAAACCAAACUAAAUUUAUAUAUUAAAUAUAAAUAUUAGACAGUUAUGUUAUUAUUCAAGAAUACUCGCCCCCCCCCUUUUUUUACAUAUUUGUGUAGCCGGAGUUAACUUGUACAAAUCAAUUUGAAUAGUAUAAAAAUUGUAUUUAACCAGUAUAUAUUUUUCCAAACUACAAUCGUAAUUUAAAAGUGUUCAAAUUACAUAGUUAUAAACAAUAUUAUGAUUUUUAAUUUUGAAGCAAUAUUUUCUAAGAAUUAAAAUAAUAUCGGAAAAUAAAUGUAAUUAAGUACACCAAUCUAAAGUAAUAUAUUUUUUUAAUGAAAACAAUAUUAAAAUUAUUUUGUAGUGACAAUAUUAUUUAGUGUUCAAAAUCAUGAAUUAGUUAUUAUUAAUUAUUUAGGUGGUUGCAAUGGCCUACUACUUUAUCUCAAAUUGUUUAUGUUAUUAAUUAUGGUCAAUAAGUUUUGGUGUUUAGGAUAAUAGCAUAACUUUAAUGUACACACUAACAUAAGUGUGUACAAGAAUUUUUUUAAUUGUAAUUUAUGUUUUUUAUGUUUAUUUAUUUUAUAUGUGUAACCCCAAAAUAAAAAAAAUAUCUAUUGUUUA